AUGAAGCAGGCCUUACUAGUUUUGCAACUGGAGCAAGAUGCUGAGCGGAGAGCAGAGGCAGAAAGACAAGUUGUGAGGGCCGAACCAGAAGACCUUUGCACCUACAUAUUUGACCCUAAUGAGAGUGUAGGUACCCGCUUAAUAGCAUGCUCUGUACUUGCCUUACAACCACAGCUUUCCAUCGAUGCCAUUAAGUACAUUAUAACCCAGCUGUGUCUUCUCGAGCGGACUCAUUUGGUAGCUCCCCUUGUUUCCAAACUUGCUCAAAUUGUGGCUAUGAAUUUGGUUAAGGCGUCCGGCCAACUUCAGAUGGAUCUUCAAGAGCUGGUGUCUGGAAUGAGCACCUGCUUCGACGUAUAUGCGCCAAUCCUGGAGGAGCUCCUUUUAAACUCUCUUACGUUACAGUGUAAGACCAACAUAAAGCCCAUUGCUGCGCUAUCAGCAAACAUAUUUGCCGCCGUUUCUAAGUUUCCUAUUCACCAAAUGAACACGAAUCAGAAGCUUCAACUAGUCACACUUCUUAAGGCUGCCACGGGGGCCUUACCCAAUGAUCCAGCUCUUUUCAGUUUCAUAUUUACUGCUCCUGACUUUUCUUCUGCUUUCAUGGACAUGUUCCUACAGCAGGAAAUUACCUGCGAUGUUGCUGAUUUGGUAGUUACUUUGUUAACCAUAAAAUUGCCGAAGAAUAACCCGUCUGCUCUUCCGUAUCUAGGUCCUCCUCUCCUCUACUUGAUUACUAAUGGUCCUAGGUUCUAUUCCUGCUUUAAUUACAAUCAGUUGAAGGCCGUCACCAUGUGUUUCACCACUAUCUACACCGCUCACAGCAACACCCUCCGUCCCAAUAAAGAUUUCAUAGUUUCUGCACUCAACAACAUCUUCUGCGUCUUUGCCCAGCAUCCCUCCCACUUUAUUUUCGAUCUACUACUACCCUCUUUGAUUAACAUCUUUAACGACCUUUCCCUUCGGGUAUAUGAGAUACCUACAUCUCUAACUAUGUACCUAAUCGAGCGUGUCUGCUUCUACGUCAAUAGGCAUAAUCUUCGAAGCCUGCUAUCUGUGACCGAAGGAGAUACUCUAACAGAGUCUGAAGAGUACCUGGCACAGGAUUCAAUAGAUUCUAACACCUCGUUCUGGCUCACGUGGUUUGCUGCCUUCAAGGGAAAUUGCAUGUCCUUAGUCGGUAAGCUGGCAAUUUUCUACCCCCACAUCACCCUCACUACGCUGACUCAGCAUCUCGGCCAGUUUCUGACAUCUUUGGCCAGUUUUGAGAACAAUAUGACCAUGGAACAAGCACAACAAUUUACACGUCACACUGAACAAUACAAUGCGAUGGACUCCGUCAUAGCGAUAGUCGAUGCAUCGGUGUACUCUGUGCUUAGGCACUUGCUAUUCACUAAUACAUACAAAGAUGUGUUGAAACCAGGUGACGUCCUUGGUGUUGCUCACGUUCUUCUUUCCUAUCGACCUAUCCACCCUAUUAUCUAUUAUAGACUAAUGGCUAUAUUGGAAAACUUUUAUAGAGACUUUAUGCACAGUAUAUCUAGCGCCACUGGAGAUGUGGUAGUAAAGCCUUUCAAGGGUAAGAGAAAGCAAGCCCAAGGACAGAACCCUCCAUCGGCAGAAUCGGUAAAGGACUCUUCAGAGAAUGAAUCCGGUACAUCAGUUAAAGGACUAUUGGCAGAGUACAUAGCACCCCUUCUGCAACCUAUCUUUCAGCUGUAUGUGCAGAUGAUUGCUUUUAAGUCUCAAGUUCUCGGGGAAACAGAUAUAUCUGGAGAAGAGCUUUAUUCUAGGCUGAGCCAGGACACGUUGGCAAUCAGACGUCUGGCGGCAGACCGGGCCAAGAUUCUAGCAGGCAAUAGAUAUCUCCUUAAGGAGUACAUCAUCUCAUCACCUGACGUGUUUGCUGCCUUUGUAGGCCAUGUUACGCUUCUUCAACAGCAGAAUCAGGUAACUGCAUAUGAGCAUGUGCUUCUGAAUCAGAUAGUUGCGUGUACAAUGCUUGCACAUAACGAUAGUGAAGGGUUCCAGCGUAUAGUCACUGACGCACUUCAGCAAUCACGCAGUGUCCUCUUCAGUCAAGAGAUUACAGCGAUUCUCUUCUCUCCUGAAGCCUUUAUUAGUUACUUUGGGCUAGACAAUGUUUCCGUCUCGAACCCUGUUUCUCUAACGACACCCACGCCGCUACCAAGCUUAUUACUCCGCAGGAAGAUUAUGUUCGCGAUACAGCAAGCCAAGGAAGUGCUUAAUCGCGUUCAUGACGCAUCUGGAACAACCUCGAGUCAAAGCGAUCUUAUAGACAGGUUGAAGGACAUCACACGUAUGCUAUUGGUAAUUGCAUCCAAAGGCUUUUUAUCCGCAACACCUAAAUACUUUGAGCAGCAGCUUUCCAACCAACGCGUUCUCCUAGGGGGGACCAUUUCUGGUGGGGUGGCAAAGGUUGAUCUUGAGAAUCAUGAUGCGACAGCAACAGACAUUGAGCACGCCCACAGCUGGCUCGAGCGCUGCUUAAUCAGUAGCUUGCAGUGCAUUUCCCUGAACCAGAAUGACUUCCUUCAAUAUCUGCUCCAGCUGGACUACGACACUAUCCCUAUCUACAUUCUGCGGCUUAUCUUGCUCGUUGUCCCCCGACUUUGUGAUGUUCAAGUCAUCCUCAUUCUCUCAAAGAUAGUAAGCGUGCAAUACUAUGACGUGCAUUCUAUUUACACUGCGCUUACCAAGGAUGAACACAAAGCGUUGAGUGCUCUCCUUCCUAAGACUCGCGAGACGUGUGUUCUUUCUCGCACCGCGGAAAGCAUGUUGUGGGAGGACCUUCGAGAAAAGAAAGAAGUUCUUGCUAGAAACAUUUUAAACCUAUGCAAUAGAGCAGUGAUGGACAUAUGUGUAAAGCUUUUUCUUCAAGAUGGAGACAUCAAUGAACGGAUCCAAGCCGUGCUAUCAACGAAUCAGCAGUUUGUGGACUACUCAUUGGGUCUUCUCUUUAGUUUGCUAGUAUCCUUUAGCAAUGAUGCAAAAUACGCAGCACAAAUAGCAAUUCUCAUAUGCAAAAUCUUUGACUACAUAUCGUCAUGGCCACCAACUGGAUUGGGACAGCCAAACCAGUGCUCAUCGUCUGGAGAAAGCGUACGUUCUGAUGGUGUGGCCAACUCGGGUCUAGACGGUCCUGCAACACCACCUAUCACCCCUAUCUUAGCCUGCACUAAUAAGGCACCUGAUGAGCUGCUACACAAGAUCGCCACUUUCUCUUUUGCAUUUAUCUUACAGUAUAGUCAGUAUGACUCAUACCUUUCUUGCUUUUGCGUACUGGCUGGGAGAUCCAUCCAAUUAGCUGAAGAUCAGCUGCCAAUAGGCAUAUUCUACUCUGGAAACGAACAUAUAGUACCCGAGCUCACUGCAGAGCUAAAGAGUAUACCUUUUAACAGCACCAAGCAAAUUAGGCAGGCUGUCCUUAAUAGCCUCAAGCACUCGAAGCGGAUACAACUCAACACACAAGUACCCACUAACAUCACCAUAGCUGCUUUGAUGACCCAGCGCGCUGAAAUAAACGAUAGCAUGGAGGUCAAUAUUGGAGACUACACAAUAGGCGAGAUGCUAGGCGACACGCUCAGUACAGAGUAG